GGGCCGAGGGCUGUGCUGGCGCCUGCGGCCCCUGGCCAUGGCCUGCGCCGCCGCGCGCUCCCCCGCUGACCAGGACAGGUUCCUUUGUAUCUACCCUGCCUAUUUGAACAACAAGAAGACCAACGCGGAGGGGAGGCGCAUCCCCGUCAGCAAGGCUGUUGAAAACCCUACAGCUACAGAGAUUCAAGAUGUCUGCUCAGUAGUUGGACUCAACGUGCUCCUUGAGAAAAAUAAAAUGUCCUCUAGAGAAUGGAACCGCGAUGUUCAGUACAGAGGCAGAGUCCGGGUGCAGCUCAAACAGGGGGACGGCAGCCUCUGUCUCGUGCAGUUCCCCUCACGUACGUCAGUCAUGUUGUAUGCAGCGGAGAGGAUACCUAACCUAAAAACACGGACACAGAAAACCGGAGGAGCUGACCAAAGCCUUCAGCCAGGAGAAGGAAGUAAACAAGAGAAAGGGAAGAAGAAGUGACUUGGCACGAGCGUCGAGUUCGUGUACUGCCGCAAGAGACACGAGUGGAGGUUUCUCAUUCGUAUCUGAGAGAAACAGAAGCUUUUUGUU